AUUUUGGCCAGCUGAGGAGAAAUCGUACAUGAGCCGUUUGGGUGACGAAAGAGUCGACUCUCAUUGAUCCGAGUUGACUCUCAUUGUUGAGCUGAGCCGAUUGCUCCGAGUCAUUAAAAUGUGAUAUAGCGGUAGUGGACUGUUUCUGGCGUAUUCUAUAUCGCUGCAGUGGACCAAUGAAAAACAAGCUUGUUAGCACACAGACUGUUGCCAUGGAAAUGAUUCGCCAAAACCGCAACAAACCGUUGAUGGAGGUGACUUCAAGAAUGGAUUUAUGCUUGCUAGUUACAUUCGAAGUAGUUAGAAAAACAGCGACAACGCUAAAUUACAUUCAGCUCGGGCUAGUUGUAUUGUAAGAGUGUUAUUUAUAAAUAAAAGCAACGUGAAUAUGUUUUAAUAAUAAGGGAUAGUCACACUACGAACAGUAUAGUAGCUAGCAAGAGUUAACGUUAGCUAAACUGUAGCCUAUAUUAAGCCAGGAUUGAGAGAACUGCUAGCUGAUCAUAAUAUAACCAACUCUUUAACUAAAAACAACAACAAAACAAUUAAGCUCUCCUAAUAAAAUGUUUUAAAAGUGAGUGACUCAAGGACCUAAAAGCAUUAUUAUUUAGGUGAUCAGAUUAAUCAGACUGCCUGACAAAAUGGACAUGCAGAGGACAGUGGGUUAAUGAACUUUGCUAGAAAAAUAGACCUUUUAAGGUAUUUAUAAAGACAUGGAAGCAUACGAGCAAAUUCUUGAACUCGGCAGAGGAGGAGCAGGUGUUGUCUUGCUGAUGAGACACAUGGAAACAAAGAAGCUCUAUGCUGUGAAGAAAAUAGAAGUCGACGAGUCUCGAAAAACAAAGUCAAGAGACAGCGUACUGCAAGAGGCUGAAAUUCUGAGGAAUCUGAGACACCCUCAUAUUGUGACAUGGAGCGACACUUUCUUUGAUCCAACAAAAGGGCACAUCUGCAUUGCUAUGGAUUACUGUGACGGUGGGACGCUGGAUGACCAGAUUAAAGGCAGAAAGGCAGCAGAAUAUUUCUCAGAGACUAUGGUUAUGAAAUGGUUUGUGCAGAUUGUCAUGGCGGUCAGUUAUAUUCACUCUGUAAGAAUUCUGCACAGAGAUAUUAAGCCCUCCAAUGUACUACUAACAAAGAGGGGGAUGAUUAAGUUGGGGGAUUUUGGAAUAUCAAAGAUCAUGAACCACACACUGGACAUGGCCUCCACAUGUGUUGGGACACCCAGUUACCUCAGCCCUGAGCUGUGCCAGGAGGUUCCAUACAGCACCAAAUCUGACAUAUGGGCCCUUGGCUGCUUACUGUAUGAGCUCUGUGCACUAAAACCAGCUUUUCUUGGUAAGAAUCUACUGAGUUUGUUUUAUAAGAUCAUAAAGGGUGAAUACAGUCAGGUACCUGCUGGCUACACAGAUAACCUGCACACACUGAUCGAGAAGAUGCUGUGCUUGCUUCCUGAGAAUAGACCAAGUGCUAGCUGCAUCCUGGCUAUGUCCUGUGUGCAGGAACAUCUGGAACUGUUUAUUCAGCAUCAGGAGACAGAAUUGACAAAGGUUAAUGCUGAUCCUGUUCCUGCUGAGAUUGAAGACGUCACAUUAACCUGCAAUGACACUGUUUGUUUUGAAGUGCCUGAUCUGCAUCAAGUUGAGAAUAUGGAAAAAAAUGCUCAAGCACCUGUUAUUACAGAAGACGAGGUGACACAAGCUGGGACCGAGUCCGAAUAUUCAGAAGACUUUGAUGAAAAUGACAGCGUGUCGUCCAUGGAAGAUUAUUCAAAGAAGAAUUCAUCCUCCUCUAGUUUAGAGCAUGGAGGAGUUGCAGAAGAGCUACAUGAUGUGGAUGCGACUGAGUACCCAGAUGACUUUGAGGAUGAGGAUGAAUUGGCUGAAGUGGUGAGCUGCGCUCGAAAUGCCAUGCAGACUCUUUCAGGAGGUGAUUCUCUUGUGCUGAAAGACAGCGAUGGUCCACCGAUGACUGUGAGAACUCUGAGAGAGAAGUACAUUGAGGAUGUUGGUCCUUUAUUUUAUGAGGAGAUCAGUGAACAUUUUAUGAAAGGCCUGAAACCAGAGGACCUUCAGCCACAGUUCCAGCAUAUGGUAGGGUCCGACCAUCUGGAGACCUGUUACGUCAUAUUCAACAUUGACCAAGAGACCACGUGUUGAGCAUGCAGCCUUCUUAAAGACCUUAAAACUGGCAAAUAUUAAAAAUUAUAUUAUAAGUCAUAGCAACAAGGGGCAUGGUGGCUUAAUGGUUAGUAAGUUUGUCUGUCACCUCUGGGGUUGGGGGUUUGAUUUCCGCCUCUGCCCUGCAUGCAUUUUUGCAUGUUCUCCCCGUGCUUGGGUACUCCGGUUUCCUCCCUCCCUCAAGCGUUGUAGUCUGAUUAGCAUUUCCAGAUUGUCCAUGGUGUGCAAUUGUGUCCUGCAAUGGUUUGGCAUCCCGUCCAAUCUGUCCCCUGUCUCCUGCCCUGAGUCCCCUGGGAUAGGCUCCAGGCCCCCUGUGAACCAGUAUAAGCAGUAUAGAAAAUGGAUGAAUGGAUGAAAGUCAUAGCAACACUUUGGUUAAAGGGGUCAUAUCAUUGUUUUUAAACGUUCAUUAUUUUGUUUAUUGGGUGUAAUAGAAUAGGUGAACAUGCUUUAAAUGUUCAAAAAAUGCAUGCUGUACAUCAUUGCAGUGUCUCUCUUUCCAGGCUGCCUGAAAUGCUACGAUUUCUCCAAAGCCCCUCUUUCCGAAAAGCCCAGAGUGCUCUGAUUGGCCAGCUGACCUGUUGCGUUGUGAUUGGCCAAAAACCUCAAGCGUGUCUCGGAAAUGUAACGCCCCUUGGAUUAGCUUCAGCCUCCAAGGCUUCUAAAGCAAUUAUAAGCUCCUAAGCAACAAGUCAGAUUCAGAAAAUGAUUCAAUCAUCGAUUCAAUCAUCGUCUCUGUCAGACCACCAACAUACAUACAAAAACUUUUAAAAACUGAGGCAACUUAGCAAACUUUAGCUAGCAUGUUAGCAGAGUUCUAUAACUGAGCCCUGGGCCACAACACAAAAAUCAAUAGCAAUAAGUAAGUAUCUAUAAGUAUCUGCUAUUGAUAAAAUAAUCAAACACACUUACAGGUUCUGAUUCAGAAGCACAAGAUUUUCCAAGUAAAGUGGGAAUUGCCCCACUUUUCAGGAGUAGCCUUCGUGUAUAGCUUGCAUUGUACAUGCCCAGGUUCAGGAAGCUGUCCUCCGUAAAAUCCUCUGUGCACAAGCAAAGGUUUGGGUUGUACUGCUCAGGAACAGCAUUAUAAAUAAACAGUAGCCAUUUAUUCCUAAUUUAAUUCGUUUUCGGAAGGCCAAACAAAGGGGUUUUGCUUUUGCACUGAAGUACACAGCGUCUCCACAACUCCAGCGCCUGAAUUAACUGAUUUUUUUUGGGCUUUUGGGUGGUAUUUUGCUAAUAGUGCAUGCUGUGACGUAGACAUUUGCGGAAGUAAUAUCUGGACUUCGCACGACACGUUUUAGGCAGGUCUGGAGCAGUGUUCUCUGUUAGAUAAAAUAAAACCCUUUGGGGGAGACUAUGAGCUUUGUGACUUUGCAGAUCUUAUACAUGAACAAACAGAUACAUUACACACCCAAACAAAAGGAAAACAUUACAAAUCAUGAUAUGACUCCUUUAAAUUAUCUCUGAGAAAUAAGAAGAAACCGGAGGUAAAAAAAAAAACAAAACCCAAAACUUCCACUAUAUAUUGAGUGUACUCUUAUAUAAUAAUCCUAUAUGAUUUAUACAAAAUUAUAUGUAGCUGCUGUUUUGAGUGAUCGUUUUUCAUGUGUAUGAACACAGGUAUGUACUAUAUCUUAUUACCAGCAGAUGGCAGUCUAUUGACAGAAAAUGAAUUGGAAAUAAAAAAGGCUUUGUGUG